GCGGGGAUCGUUUCGAGAGCUUCUGGAGUGGUCCGCUGCUCGCUGGGGUCUGUCUUCGCCGUCGUUCUCUCCCUCGUCCUCGUUGUUCCUCACGUUGAGUGUGAUAGUAUACAGAUCGUACUGGUCGUCUGUGAGCUAUUUCCGUCGAAGCGCCACCGACCGACGUCAUAGUCCACCACAGCCAGCGGUGUCUUGUACCUCAGCGUCGGCUCUCCCGUUCCUCGAGGCUCGACUUGAUUGACGACGAAGAAUCCGGGGAAGUUAGUACGGUUUCAGCUUACUUCUUCUUCAUUGUCGACGGAGUGGUUUUGGAAGUAAACGCUUCAGUUGAGCGAACUAUCCACCUCGCUGGAUCCACGCGUAGAGAGUAGCAGCUUUACCGUGGACUUCGCCUGGGUGUAACGGCGUUCGUCUUGCUUUUGUGACAAUUGCUUAUUUAGCUACGACGAGUGAGCUCGCACACCGUCUAGACUAUUGCACGCGUGCACACAUGGGGUCUUCGUGUCUCUGCUGUCGGUCGUGCGCCGUCGUUUGCGAUACUUCUCAUAUCUCAUCAUAAUGCUAUGAACACAUGCUGAAUCCUACUUUACAGAACUGUGCACACGCGCCGUACCACAACUUGGACUACCAGCCCCGAGUAACACCUCCGUUGCUUGGUACGCGAGUCUCUCCCCAUCCUUCAGACGAAGUAUCGACCUCCUCGCAAUUCCAGGACCGGCGUCUUACCGUCCAUUGCGACUACUCAGCAUUCUCUCUUGGCGUAUACAAACUUGGAUUCAUUUCCACAUCUCUCUCGUUCUAAUAUAUCCCAUUUCGGUUUAAUACCCUUUGCUUCCAUACCAUAAUAUUGCUUUUGUUAUCCCCCACACGUUAACAAACAUGAUCAUUCAACUGAAACCACCCACACCUUCAACCCCCGUCGUUCUUUUCUCCUUCACAUUCAACUCUGCACCACCCUCGUCGCUCCCGCUCCCGACCGCAUACAACAACCAGCUCCAACUUCUCGCGCAGCAUGACAUUCAGAUUCCCAAGUCACUGCAUAUGUUGGACAAGUCUAUCUGGCUUGUGGCUUGUUUGCACGAAGUCAUCUUUGACCUCUCGCCUCAUGACGGCACUGACUUUGUGACUAUUCGGUGCACGUUUAUUGAUGGAGAUGUUAGGGAAUGGACUUUUAGGAACGAGGAGUGUGUGAAGGACUUGGAGGAUGUUUUGAGGGACGUAGAGUGGUCCCAUAUUCAAAGCCAGAGGGAGAAAUAUGAGCGGUAUGGUAUAGAUCACUCCCAUACCGAUUCUCCUCCCUCUCCCCAGCCCCAGAAGAAACACAAGAAGCAACGGUCCUUGCUCAUGACUCUUGUCUCGCUAGUGUCACCCAACUCAUCUCAUUCAUCGCGGAUGCCUCCGCGUGGUCACUCUCCUCCGUCCUCACCACCUCCGCCUCCUCCAGCACCACCGUCCACCCUGUCCGCUCACCGGUUGCGACGACGCGCUCGUGCAGCCCUCAUAGACGCAUUCCGCCGGUUCGUCUACUCAGAGUUUUCAUCUUACACGCCCAUAUCUGGAUCAGGGUUUGGAUUCUUGACUUGGGUUGUUCGAAGCAACCUACGGCAAACCGACGAUAAGCUUGAAUCGCUUUUACGUCAAGCUGGUCUUGCCGGCGAGACGCGGUUCAGAGGAAGGAGGAAUUAUAUUCCAGAUUCUCCAUUCUUUGAUGACGAAGAGGUCGAGCAGACGUCUUUGGAAAGCAGAAGCACGGAUACGGAUGGGUCAAGUGUACAUACACCAACCGAACAUUCGAGCUUCCCUCUGCCUUACUUUCAACAGAAGUCGCGUCCUAUUCCUAAUUGCCCAAGGACACCCACACCCCCCUCUCCCUCGCCUAACACGGAAACGCUCAAUGCCCUCCAUGCGCUUUCGAACCAAUCGGACCGUUUACAGCAAUUACUUUCACAAUUGCACCACGCUCGAUUGGCGACUGAAAACGAUGAAAAGCAGGUCCUUGCCAUUCUGGAAAUCAAAGCGCGUAGACGAGCAUGGAGCAAUCGCUCUCUGCUUGGCGGUGCUAGAAUGUCUGACAUCGGCUUCAGUACACCUGAGCGAAGUAGUCCUCUUUCGAGGGGCUCCAUUUCUGCGGAAGGCUUGGGGUGGGAUGCCGAGAGGGAGGCAUUCCCCAUUGCUGUGGACGAAGUUGGCAGGAGGAUCAGGGGUCUAGACAUCAGGACGGCUCCGUUCCCGUCCCCUAAACGGGAAAAGAAUACCCCCAUGCUGUUCCCUGUCGUUGAAGAAGAGGAAUUGGAAGACGAUAUUUCACUUCUUAUGCCCGGUGGUGAAUCUCUCAUCGAGAUUCCGUUGUCUCCUAAUACCUCUGGAUCUUGGUCCGAAGGCGAUUCUGACGACGGGGAAAAGUCCUCCGUGCGGCUAGUCGAGGACGCAGAAAAUGGUUUCCUUCAGCCUCUACAGCUCCCGUUCUCAGACCAACAGCCUCAGUACGCGUAUCGUCAACAAAGUCCUCCUUUGCCCUCACCUGUGCCUCCUACUCCUGUACGGGCGAGAACUCGUAGCAUGCUUGGUCGAGCACCCCGUCCUCUAGCGCCCACCUUCGAACUCGAUUCGAAUCUGCCUUCAGAAGCAGAGGUUUCUUCAUCUCAACUGCACGUGUCGGGGAGCAGUUUGGCUUCUCAUCCACACGCCAUGCCUCAUGCAAACCAUCCGACGUUCUUGCAUGUCUUCAACCCUCAGACUAAGAUCGAGAUAUUCGAUGUGAGCUAUGACUCUGACGAAGAGACUGACUCGGAGUCUGAACAUCACUUACCUCAACUCUGUGAGGAUGAGUGCUCGUCUUCGCCUUCUUCCUCCUGUCCUUCACCCCAUCUCCCUUACUCUAAUCUCAGCGCUUCCAUUUCAGUUCAUGACGGAGGCGGGAUUGAAGGUGGUCAGGAGGAGUUCACGCUGGCUAUGGACCUAUCACCGCCUCGCUCCUCGCAUCUUCCUCUACAUCCGACAUCUCCGUCCUCUUACCACUCGCAGUCGCUGCCGCCUCCCUUCCAAAGCCUACAGCGUGGUCUUGGAGGCAAGAAAAGGGGCUUGUUGCAUGAUGACUGGAUCAUCGGCACUGACUCGAGCAUGAAGGUCGAAAUGGAUGUUCACUCUCAAUAGUUAUCCGGGGCUGGCACCGUUGCAUUGGGCAACGUUUCCCGGAGCUGCGUUUGGCGGAAGCGUCUUGAGACCGACGCUUCGAGCAGCCUUGUUCGCUAACCGCGAUGCGAAUUAGGGCUUGUUCUGGGCCCUUUGAUCUGGUAAUCGGUUUCUUUUCUUUUUCGGGAUUCUUUUUUUGCACGCCAUCUUCACGACUGUUAUAUCUGUACAUGCUUUUCUCCUGCAUUUCUGCACGUAAUCGGGACUUUCAACAUUUUCUUUCUGCUUCACAUCCGCAUGAACACAUCACUCACUGAACUAUAGACUCUCUGCUAGCAUAAUAUUCUCUCUUCUCACAAGCUCACAAUUGCACGUUGCAUGUCAUCCUUCUUGCACGAUCAUCAUUUCAGAUGACCCAUUUGGACGAUUUUUGCUUCACGAAUCCGGCAUGUAGUUCAUCGACAUCAUCACUCAACAUAGUGCAUUGCAUCUUUCACGACCAUUUAUUUCUUCGUAGUUUCUCUCCACAUCCCGUUAUCAGAAUCACCGUCAUCAGGUACACAGCGUUUGAACAACUCCCAUCUGCUGCUUGUCAUAUCGCCGUUCAUGCUCGCCUCUAUCUCUAUCAUCCACUUCUCCUACUUGCUAUCAUGCUUCAGCUCAGCCGGUUGAUUUCCUUUCUUUGAUGCACUCUCAUUCAUGGUUCAUAUCAUAAUAACCUAAUGUCUCUUAGCCUGUAUAGUCCGUACGCAACUGAGUUUGCAAUACGAGUUUGGUGAUACACAGAUCUAACAACUUUGUC